UCGCCUGUCCAGAUCUUCUCUCUUUUCCAGUUUUCCCCUUCCAUCGUUCCUAACGGUGCCUUCUCUUUCCUACUCUUAUCUUCUUCAAAUGUCUUCUCUUUCCUACUUUUUAUCUUCUUCAAAUGCCUUCUCGUUCGUAUGCCUUCUCUUUCCUACUCUUACGUUCUUCAAAUGCCUUCUUUUUCCUACUCGUAUCUGCUUCAAAUCUUCCAUGUCUCCUGCUCUUGCUCAUCCUUUACAACAGCUUGCGCCUACGGGAUCCCUUCCAUUUCCCCUUUUUACGCACACACACACACACACAUACUCAAUCACUCCUUUUUCAGCUGAAAAAAUCCGGCCCCACCGCGUCACCUCUGUGCCUUCAAAUUUUUUUCUUUUUGCUUUUGCUAUUAGUAGUUAAGGGUUUCCUUUUGUUUUUGACUUUUGGAAUGGGUUGUGCGGCGUCGAAGCUGGACAACGAGGACGCGGUGGGGCGGUACAAGGAGCGGCGUCGCCUGAUGAAGGAAGCGGUCCAUGCACGUCACCGCUUGGCGGCUGCACACGCCGAUUAUUGCUGUUCCCUCUGGGUCAUGGGCUGUGCCCUUUCCUCCUUCGCUGCUGGCGAACCCCUCUCCGUCCCUGAAGAAACCCCAGCCGUCCUACUUCGUCCUCCCAACUCACAUCCUUCUGAUUUCCAUCCUGUUCCCCAGCGUGUCCCUCCGUCCCCUUUGCCGUCCCUCGACCCGCCUCCUCCUCCCCAGUUCUCUCCCUCUCCGUCGCACAAGGACUUGAAAGAGACUGUGGGUGCGAUCAAGGAGGAUUUCGACAAGGAUGCUGCCGCCAGAGAUCAGGUCGAGAUGCUGGAGAGGGGCUCUGCCCUUUCCUCCUUCGCCGCCGGCGAACCCCUCUCCGUCUCUGACCGAACCCCGGCCGCCCUACUUCAUGCCCCCAACUCACAUUCGUCUGACGUCCAUACUGUCCCCCCGUCCCCUUCGUCGUCCCCCCACCUGCCUCCUCCUCCUUCUCCCCAUUUCUCUUCCUCUCCAUCGCACAAGGACUUGAAAGAGAUUGUGGAUGAGAUCAGAGAGAAUUUCCACAAGGCUGCUGCCACCGGAGAUCUGGUCUCUGAGGUGCUGGAGAUUGGCAAACCUGAGUUUGACUGGAGCUUCUGGCAAUUGAAAACUGCCGUUGGCGAUGAAGUACAGACCGGACACGGCGGCUAGGAAUGAACUAGGUGGUCGAAAGAGCCUCUGCUCCACUCUGAACCUGCUCUGGGCUUGGGAGACGAAACUCUACGAGGAAGUGAAGGUAGUAAUCUUACUCAAUUAUAAAAAUUAUUA